CCCAAUCUGAACCAGCGUGAAUCUUCCGGAUUUCUAUAUUGUUCCGUUCCCUAGCGGAGAAAUUUUCAUAAUAAUAAUAAUCCCCCAACUGGUAAAAAAGAAAAAGAAAAAACCCCACCUUCAACUGGUACAAGAAGAGGGUGAUGAUGAAGGGGGAGCGGCAGCGAUGGAGACCCGAAGAAGACUCCCUUGUCCUCUCCUAUGUGAAGCAGUACGGCCCUAAGGAAUGGAAUCUGAUCCCCCAGCGCAUGGGUCGGCCGCUGGACCGGGAUCCCAAGUCCUGCCUCGAGCGCUGGAAGAACUACCUCAAACCCGGCCUCAAGAAAGGGUCCCUCACCCCCGAGGAGCAGCAGCUCCUCAUUUCCCUCCAGGCCAAGUACGGCAACAAGUGGAAGAAGAUCGCCGCCGAGAUCCCCGGCCGGACCGCCAAGAGGCUCGGCAAGUGGUGGGAGGUUUUCAAGGAGAAAGAGGCCAAGCAGCAGCAGCAGCAGCAGCUCCUCAUCAACUCCCGCAAGCUCCCACCGGGGGACGGACCCGGCGGCGGGUCGCCGGAUUCCGCCGCCCAGGGGAAGUACGACCACAUUCUCGAGACGUUCGCCGAGAAGUACGUCGGCCGCCAGCAGGCGCUCUGCGGGUUCCCCUCGGAAUCGCAGCCCGUGGGGCAAUGGAUGAUGAAUCACCCCUUCCCGGCCGCCGGCGCCGCCGCAUCUAAUUCAUCUUCCGGCGAGCAGAUCUGCGCUCUUGUCCAGCACGUCAAGGAGCUGGAAGAAGGCCGGGCGAACUGGAUGCGGCACCGGAAGGAGGCGGCGUGGCGGAUGAGGCGGCUGGAGCAGCAGCUGGAGGCGGAGAAGGGUCGGAAGAAGAGGGAGAAGAUGGAGGAGAUCGGGGAGCGGAUACGGCGGCUGAGAGAUGAGGAAGAGGGGUUCCGGGGAAGGGUAGAGAUUGAGUACAGAGAGGGGGUGAUGGCAGUGGAGAGGGAUUGUGAAGCUAGAGAGGCAGAGCUAAUGGAAGCAUUGGCUAAAAGGCACGUGAAGCUGGCGAAGGUUGUGGAGCAGUUCUGCAGGUAGUCUCCGGCCAUAGAUGUGCUCUCCAAAGUAAAUUUUAGGUAGCUUCAAUUCUUCUGAAUAAUAAGCCUCUGUAGAUUCCGAGGAAUUCCCCAAAAAAGUGAGUUUCAAGCUAUUCUACUUUCUCAUCAAUUUUCUCACCCACUGCAAAAAUUUCUUUCUAGCUACUCAAUAACUAGUACGAGACUGUGUGUACUUGUAUAUUUAUUCUUUUUUCUUUUUUUAAAAACUUGAUGUUAAAGUCUACGUUAAUAAAAUUAAAGCACAUAC